GGGCGUUGUGGGUAGAAGGGUUUCUACUUAAGCCUGUUCAGAGCAAAGGUCUCUGAAACAAGACUUGCCUUGAGCCCCGAACCAGAUUAAACAUCGUGGAUGAGCAUUGCAAGUGGAUCACUGAGCAGGAUGAAAACACUCAAGAAGACAGCGAUGAAGAUGGUCCUCUGGCUUUCCUGCUCGCUCCUGGCCAGAUGCAGCACUAAUUCAAGUAGGAACCAGUCUGCCAGAGACCCUUCUGCCCCACGCCCCUGUGUGGUGCUGCAGCCUGACUCACACCUGGGAGUGGUGCCUCCUGAAGGUGGAGGUGUAGGGUGGCAGUGGGACCCUGCUAGGGCCCAAGGCUCCAUCACUGUGACUCAGGGCUGCAUGUUGACCGUGUGGACGGAACAGGGAGGGCACCAGACCUUCCCCAGUGGGACUCAGGUCCACCUCAAGGGGUGGGAAUGGACCUCAAAACCCCUGGCUUUCCACUGCAGCUGUGAAAUGGAAGAUGUCCCGAACCCGGUUUAUGGAGCUUAUGAAAAUUUUAUUCAACAGCAUGUGGACCCAAAGACGGAAAGGGGGGACGAACAUUACUGCAGGGUGGAGAUGGCGAAGAUCAACAAGAGAAAUAGGUGCAAGGCGGUCAACACGUUCAUUCACGCUUGCAUAAAAGACGUCACUGAUGUGUGUAUAACCACCGAAGCCCUCGGAAAACAAAAAUGUCAUCUUAGUAAAAAUAGUUUCAAACAGACUGAGUGCAGGAAACUUCCUAAGAAAUCUUGCCAAUACAAAUUCAAAAACUUCCAAAAACCCAUCAAGAUUGUCUGCAGGGACAAUAAACCUGUCCACUUUUGUUCUAUCAACCCUUGAACAAUCUAUUCUUGUACUAUUUUUAUUAUGCACCUAUGUGUAAACUGCUCGGGAUGACAGUGCCUGCUAAAUUAAAGUACAGAUAUUGCAGGCAUUUUUAGAUGAUGCAGAGCUCCCCAAAUGUGCUUGAGGGACAUAUGAAUGUUUUUGUCCGUGGUGUAAGAGGAGAGCACUUAUUUUGUGAUGUUGAACAUAAAUGUGGUCUUUGGCUUUGCUGCAGCUGCUCGCAAUUGUGGCAAGUGGGCAUUUCCACAUAACAAUCAUUCGCCUACAUUUAACCAGCUAUUGUAUGCAAGCAAUUCAAUAAAAAGAGACAUGGGUGA